GUUCCUCGUAUAGCCAGGGACCCCGCCAAUGUUCAAAGAUGGCAAUAUCUCUUGAUUUUGUAUUUGUUCUGUUUUCUGCUUUAGUUUUGCGAUGUUUGUUGUUUGUAUUUGAUAUUCACAACUGGAUUUACACCAGGAUACAGUUCACUACUCCGAUUACGUCUUGGAAAAGAGUGUUGGAAGGAUUAUCACUUCUGGACUAUGGCAUUUCCCCGUAUUCUGGUGACACAGUUCAUGAGUCCCCUCUUGUACUUGCCUUUUUUCACAUGUUUCCAAGUGAAGGAAGUAACAUCAGGAUACCAGCAAUAUUUGUAAUAUGUGAUCUGCUUACAGGAAUUGUUUUGUAUAAGUCAGCGCAGGCUCAUUGUAAAAUAUUGUUGUCUCGUCAACAAUGUGAUAUGAAAAAUUAUGCAGAUAAAGUUGACCCUAUUUUAUUGAAACCAGACAAUCUGGAGAACAUACCAGUUCUUGUUUUUGCAAGUUAUUUAUUAAAUCCAUUUACUCUGGCAACUUGUGUUGCUCAAUCAACUGGCUUGAUCACAAAUCUUUCUGUAAGCCUUGGACUGUAUUGCUCACUAGUAGGGUCAACGUCUUUGUCAAUGUUUUUUAUUGCAUUUGCUGCCCAUAAAUCUCUUUAUCCUGUGAUGUUGGUCAUACCACUUGCAUUGAUACUUACUCAGGUAAAACGUAUUCAGGACAUGAGAGUUUCUGAUGUUUCUUGCAAGUCAAAGACGCGCUCUGUCAUCUCAACAAUUCUUUGGUUCGUGUUUUGGAGUGGCCUCCUUCUUUGUCUUUCCCGAGCCAUGUUUGGAUCAUGGCAGUUUCUGGACGCGACUUAUGGAUUCACCCUAAGAGUUCCUGAACUCACACCAAACAUGGGCUUAUUCUGGUACCUAUUCCUGGAAAUGUUUGAUCAUUUCAGAGAAUUUUUCAUAUUGGUUUUCCAGCUCAAUGCUUUUUUCUAUAUCAUCCCCCUCUUCUCGCUGCUCAGAAAUGACCCAGUGUUUUUGUUCUACACCUUAUCAUCCGUGAUCGCUAUUUUCAAGUCUUAUCCAGCAUUUGGGGAUUUUUCCAUUCCGUUUGCCCUGCUCAUAUCCUGGAGCCAUCUUUAUCCAUAUAUGAGGAAUGUCUUCUUUGUGUCUUGCAUGUUUCUGAUAUCAUCAACGCUGGCGCCAUUAUUUUGGUAUCUUUGGAUCUACGCUGGUAGCGCCAACGCGAACUUCUUUUACGCGGCGACGCUGGCGUAUUCCACAGCACAGAUAUUCCUUCUUGGUGACGUCAUAUUUGCGUUUCUUCGGCGAAAUUUUGAUCUCAAAAACGGAAUCUCGCGAACGAUUACUGAGGGUGAACGUAUGACAGUUAUGUUGAAGUAGAUAUAUGGCACCUGGUAUAGCAAUUCACCAUCACGGGGUAGAAACUUGUCUAAGUUGGCUUGGAAUUUGAAAUAGCUUAGAAGUUAUUCAAAAAGGACUAAGCUCUACCUUCAGCUCAGGUUUGCUGUAGUAGAAUGGGGAAACUGAACAAAAUAGCUUCAUAAAUAUCGCACCAAAAGUAUAAAUUAAUUUUCCCGAAUUUAAGUCUGUUAUUUCUUUGUACAAAGUGAUGUUUGUUGAUCUAAAAACUCACAACAUGGGUUGCAGUUUACACAUCACAUGCUAUAAAUUUCAUAAAUAUUUGUUUUGCAUUCGUGAGGUUUCCUAAAAAGUAAACUCGCAUGAGGUAAAUGAGUAACCUCCCAAAGUCAUUAUAUUUCUUUAAAAUAGCUGGAGUUCUUCAUUAAAGCUAUCGUUUUAUUUAACAACAGUUGUCUUCCUCUUUCUUUUGUACUCAUUGUUUACUGUC